AUGAAGGUGUCCACGAAGAUCUUACCAUUAUGGGCUCUAUGCAUUCUUCAGAGUGGCUUUGUGGCCGCCGAGUCAACUACAGAGACUGAUACCGCAACAACUUCGACAGCGUCUACAGAGUCAAGCGCGUCAGGAACGUCAGGGAUAUCGGAUACCGUUGUUAUUUAUGUGACAUCGGAAAGCUCCGUUGCCGUUCCUACGGGCGAUUAUAUCACUUAUUCCAACACCGACACUUUUUCGUCCGCUGCACUUAAUGCUACGACAACAGGGAACUCGACAAUCACUACAUCGGCGACAGAUGUCGUUAUUGUGGGAACAGCUAGCUCCAAUUCCAAUAGUACUGCGACUACCUCCUCAUCCACUGCUACCAAUACCCAAGCAUGUAACGGCCAUGUCGACUUCUGCUCAAGAAAGUACUCCAACAUCACAAUGGUGACGGCGCACAACAGUCCAUUCGUGAAGAAGAACAACAUCGCGGCUAAUCAGGAUUACACCGUGACAACCCAAUUAGACGAUGGAAUCCGAAUGGUAUCCUUCGAGGCACACUACUACGAAGAUGAAAUCUACCUCUGCCACACAUCUUGUUCCCUCCUCAACAUGGGAACCCUAGAGGCCUACCUAACAACAAUAACGAAAUGGAUCAAGAAAAACCCCUUCGAAGUCGUCGCCAUCCUAAUCGUAAACUCAGACUAUGUAUCGCCAGGAAACUUCAGUGGACCCAUCCAAAACUCCGGCUUAAUCGACUACGUCUACGAGCCCUCGAAAGUCCCCAUGAGCCUCGACGAUUGGCCAACAUUAAGUGAAAUGAUUCUUCACGGUGAACGCGCCGUCGUCUUCAUGGAUUAUGAAGCCGACCAGACAGACUACCCGUAUAUCUUGGAUGAGUUCUCUCAGAUGUGGGAAACGCCUUUCUCGCCUUUGAAUCGUUCGUUCCCUUGCACAGCGCAACGACCACCAGGCCUUAGUACUGCGAAUGCUGAGAAAAGGAUGUACAUGGCGAACCAUAAUCUUAAUCUAGAGGUUAUUUUUGAUAGCGUGGAUAUCCUGAUUCCCGACUCGGCGCAGAUUAAUGUGACUAAUGCUGUGUCUGGAUAUGGAAGCUUAGGAGUGAUGGCUAAUAACUGUCGAGCUGAAUGGGAUCGACCGCCUAAUUUCUUGCUAGUCGAUUAUUAUGACAAGGGUGACUUCGCUGGAUCGGUCUUUGAAGUUGCUGCUGAGAUGAAUAAUGUCACAUAUGAUGAAAAAUGCUGUGGCAUGUCAUCUGAUGCACCGGGCAACUUCAAGUUUUCACGAGUCUCGAGUUGGUUGAUUGGAACUGUUCUAUUUACUACAUCUUUGUCGUACAUACUAUGA